GAGUUAUACUAUACCUUAAGAAGGGGAAAUAUGCUUAAAGGUGAGAGCAUUUAAUUAACUUAAGAGGUGGGAAGUGACAAACAAAAAGUUAUUGAAUGACAAAAUUAAUGCUUUUUUAGUUUUAAUAGCUUAUAUUUUAGCUCUGUAUAACAGUAAUGGAUACUUUAAAUGGGAGAUGCUUUUUUGAUGUCAAUGGAAUCUUCUAAGGGCAAUAACGAUAGAAAUAAACAGUUUCUAGUGCAAAUAGUUGCUUGAUUGGCCCUUGAAGAAGUACAAGACAUAGCUGAUGAGGAAAUAGAAGUAGAAAAAUAUAACCCUAUUAUUUCUGGAAUAAUUACUGAAAAAGAAAUCGAUGAUUGCAAAAAAAAUCCAAAUCGUGUACCAAAUUUGAUUAUAAAAAAUAUAAAAAAAAGGAGUAAAGCGAUUGGUAGCAUUCUUGGCUUUGCCUCUACGGCAAGACGUAGAGAUAAACCUGAUGCGAUUUAUUAUUUAGUAAAAAAAUUUCCUAUCUUGGACAAUAACGUUAUAGCUAAAUUAAUUAGUACAACAAAUUACACAGUUGAGCAGGUAAGAGAUGGAUCUCAUCAUAACAUGCAAAAUAUAAAACCCCAAGAUCCUGUACUACUCGGCUUAUGUAGUCAAGAAAAUUUAGAAGCAGAAGUGGAAAAAGCAAAAGUAGAAGAGGAGAAGCAAGAAAGGUUAAAAAAAUAUAAAGAAUAGCUAUUGAAAAUCCUCAAAUUUUUGUGCUUUGUUAACAUUAAAUUAACUUGACUUGCUAGUGUUUAUUAGUAUAAUGUAAGUAAAGUACGGGGUUUAAUGAUAAUUAAGCUUAAUACGCACUGAAACUAACUCAGCCUAAUUUAUUAUCUUAUAGUCACAUUUUAGGUUAGUAAGCAUCAAUUAAAAUUUUUGGAGGAUUAUGACAACAAUCAAUGAAGAUGUUUUGGCAAAAGGAAAGGUUACAGCUCAACCUGAAAAAAGUGAGCAAAUUUACAAUAACGAUACAGUAAAACAGAUGGUCAAUGAAGGUACUGAGAAAAACAGAAAAACAUUAGAUCUGAGCGAAUUAAAAGAGAAAACAGCAGAAGAAUUGUUAGAGUUAGCUGAAGAAAGAAAAAUUUCAACUAACGGUAAAAGCAAUGGUAGAAUGCUAAAGCAGGAAAUAAUAUUCAGCUUAAUGAAAAAAAUGAGUGAAGAAGGAGGCAUAACCACAGGGAGUGGAAUAGUGGAAAUAUUGCCUGAUGGUUUUGGUUUCUUACGUUCAGCAAGUGCAAAUUAUGCCCCAAGUACCGAUGAUGUUUAUAUUUCUAACGGGCAAAUAAAGAAGUUUAAUUUACGUACAGGAGAUAUGGCAUAUGGAGAAAUAAGGCCACCUGGUGAUAAAGAGAGAUAUUUUACUUUAACUAAGGUUCAAAGUAUAAACUCUACUGAAGUAAGUGAAUUAAGAAAGUACGUCCAUUUUGAUAAUUUGCUUCCUCUUUAUCCUGAGGAAAGCAUAGUACUUGAGUGUAAUAAUGGUGAUGAUAAAAAAGGCUUAAGCAUGCGUGCUAUAGAUAUAGUAGCUCCUCUUGGAAAAGGGCAAAGAGCGUUAGUAGUUGCUCCACCUCGCACAGGAAAAACUGUAUUGCUUCAGCAAAUGGCUAACUCUAUAGCUAUAAAUCACCCUGAAGUAGAAUUAAUAGUGUUACUUAUAGAUGAAAGACCUGAAGAAGUAACAGAUAUGAUACGUUCUGUAAAAGGUGAGGUAGUAAGUUCUACGUUCGAUGAGCCUGCUUACCGUCACGUACAGCUUGCUGAAAUAGUAAUAGAAAAAGCUAAAAGAAUGGUUGAGCAUAAAAAAGAUGUGGUAAUUCUACUUGACAAUAUUACUAGACUUGCACGUGCUUAUAAUGCGGUUAUUCCUUCGUCUGGGAAAGUUCUAACUGGUGGUGUAGAUUCAAACGCACUGCAGAGACCAAAACGCUUUUUUGGAGCAGCUCGUAAUAUUGAGAAUGGGGGUUCUUUAACUAUAAUCGCCACAGCUCUUAUAGAGACUGGUUCAAAAAUGGAUGAAGUUAUUUUUGAAGAGUUUAAAGGUACAGGAAAUGCUGAGAUCAUACUUGAUAGAAAACUUUCUGAUAAACGUAUAUUUCCAGCUAUUGAUAUUACAAAAUCCGGAACAAGGAAGGAAGAGCUAUUAGUUGAUAAGGCUAUACUAAAUAAAAUAUGGGUGGUGCGUAGGAUACUCAAUCCUAUGGGACCCGUUGAAGCAAUGGAAUUUUUACGUGACAAACUACUUUUAACAAAGAGCAAUGCUGACUUUUUUAACUCCAUGAAUCACUAAAAGUAAGCCAGUUAUGAUGGAUAUGCUGAGCAAAAAGUAAAACGCUCUUAUAGCUAAAAUAAUUUGGAUUUACCAAAAUAUAUUUAUAGUUAAGUUGGCAAUUUACCUUAAGUUAGCGCGUGACACUGGAAUAACACCCUUGGUGGUAACAACUAAAGAAAAAUAUCAACUAGGUUUAUAAUCUAUCACUACCGUGUUUGCAAUUUUGUCAUGAAAAGCUUGUUUAUGUUCAUCAUCUACUGCACAUACUAAAACUAGGAUUAGUAUAGCUAAAAGUAAAAUAGGAUUAUAAAGCGAUAUACAGUAAAUUAUGAAAAAAGCGAUGGUUCUUUUUAUUGCUUGUAUUAGAGUGAUCUGCUCAAGUGUAUCUUUGUCUCUUACACGCAUGCUAAAUAACAAGUGCCCUAGAGUGCCGCCAAAUUUUACUAGCAUGAAUAUAUGAAAUAUACAUGGUAUCAUUAAAAAUAAAGAAAAUACAAUCGUGGUGAUUACAAUUAUUGCACCCAUGAUCCCUUGUAUUGCGUGUGUAAGUGAGAAACCUACCGCCAUUAAAGCAAAUGGUAUUGCGAUAAAUAAAAUACAAUCAACUAUAAAUGCUAGAAUACGCCUUGUCAUUGUUGAGUAGUUUACGUUUUUAUCCAUACACUGCCUAUAAAGAAAAAUAUCAACUAGGUUUAUAAUCUAUCACUACCGUGUUUGCAACUUUGUCAUAAAAAGUCUGCUUGCGUUGAUCAAAUAUUGCAAACAUUAGAACU